AUAAAAUUUGCCAAAAUUUGGCAAAACCCGGAAGAGUCGCGGUGCCUAAACCCUAGUACCAAACCAGAGGUCGAUCCGGUUCCCAGCCAUGGCCACCGCCGCCGUCUUCUCCGCCUCGGCCCGCCGCCUCCUCUCCACCGUCGCCGGCGGCGCCGGGGCCGGAUCCGCCGCCGAGCUCCCCGUCUUGAUUGGCCACCUCCGCAGCCUCGCCCGCGCGGGCCGCCUCGCCGACAUCGACGCCGCCCUCGCGCCGCACCUGGCGUCCCACUCCGUCGCGGCGGUCUCCGCCCUCUCCUCGGUGGGCCUCCCCGACCGCGCCUCCGCGCUCCUCGCCACCAUCCGGAACCCAACCGCCGCGCACCUCAACGCGCUCCUGGCCCCGCUCCUCCGCCGCCACCGCCUCGUGGGCCUCAUCCCCACCCUCCUCGCGGCGCACCCCUCCGUCCCGCGCGACGACGCCACGGAGGGCAUCCACGCCAAGGCCCUCUGCAUCGCCACCGGCGCCGACUCCGCGCUCCACCUCCUCCAGCGGGAGUCGCCGCCGCCGUCCCUCCAGCUCUUCACCAGCGUCAUCGACUCCUACUAUAAGCAGCGCAAGCCCCACCGCGCCGAGCAGCUGUGGCGCGAGAUGGUCGAGGACCACGGCAUCGUCCCCGACGCCGCCGCCCACAACGUCAGGAUCACCUACAAGGCCGCCACCGGCACGGUGGAGGAGGUCAAGGAGCUGAUCCGCGCCAUGCGCGAGGAUGCCGGCCUCCAGCCGGACAUCGUCUCCCACAACGGGCUGAUGCGCGCGAUGGCGCGGCACGGGAGGGUGGACGAGAUGAUGGAGGUGUACAAGAGGCUGGAGAAGGGUAGCGCCUCCGCCGCGGCGGAGGGCAAGUCGGCGCCGGACUGCGCGACGUACACCUGCGUGGUGGCCGCGCUGUGCAAGGCGGGGCGGUGGUCGGAGGCGGACGACGUGUUCUACGAGGCGGUGAAGCGGAGGAAGCUGGCCGACCUCGGGACGGCGCGCGUUCUGGUGCGAGGCCUCAAGGAGGCCGGCAAGGGGCGGGCGGCGAGGCGGGUGGUGAUCGGGCUGCGCAAGAAGUUCCCCGACCGCUUCGACGGCCCGUGGAAGGAUCUCGAGGAGUUGGCCGGGAUCGCCGGCGAGGAUGAGGAGAGCGAUGUCGAAGGGGAGGACGACGAGCAGCCGCCGGCGACGACGACGACCACUGCCGCGUGAGCUCUCGCAGUAAUUUGGUCGUGUUCGUGGUUUUAGCAAAUUUGCAUUCGUGGUAAUACGAAGACCAUAUAAUGGUUUAGGAUUUUAGGGCUGGAUCAAUAAGAAGCAAAUUCUGAGGAUGCGAGAAUCACUCAAAUUUUGUCAAACUAGCUUCUUGAAUCACACCAUAAAACUUCUUUAAUGUGAUGUCUCGUUGUAAUGAUUGAUCUUGUUUCUACAUCUGAUGGCUUUGUUUUGUUUCCACUAA